AUGCAUUUUGGAAUAAACAAAUUUUUGUUUCUGAAUUUGAUUAUAUUUAUACAUACUGACGAUCAUGUCUGUAACUUCUCAAUCGCAGAAGACUCGGCUAACGUGGGAGUGGAAGUUGGGAAUGUCCGAGAACAGUUUCCCAAUCGAAUAAGUGAUACCGACAAGUCUCUCGUUCUGUUCCAAUGGGCCGACUGGUGUGACAUCUGCAGAUAUUUUGAUGUCAAUUCCGACGGUACAAUACAAAUUAUUCACAAACUCGACCGAGAAAGCGGACUUCUUCGAGAAUAUUGUGCAAAGAAUGAAAUAUGUAAACUCUCACUACAUCUUAUUAUCUAUGAGGGAAAAGUUUUGCACAAAAACACAAUAGACACGUGUUUAUAUUUGGUCGAUGUCAAUGAUAAUUUUCCCGCCAUUGAUUGGAAUGGAGAAGACAGAUUUUUAAGAAUUACAGAAAAUCAACUCCCCAGAAACCCCCUUGGACAAUUCUCCGUAACUGAUGAAGAUGCAGGAAAAAACGGAGAAGUGACGUGCAAAGUUCUCACAGAGGAUUUUGCUCUCAAACAAAAAUUAUCAAAAGUCCAGUCUUACAAAAAACGGAAAAUUUAUGAUUUCAUUUUUACGGGAAUGAGAGCUUUUGAUUACGAAAAAAAUCAAAAAAUAGAAGUAAAAAUUGAAUGCUCUGACCACGGCUCACCCUCCAAAACCAGUACUGACUUAGUAACUGUAAAUAUCGACGACGAGAACGACUGCAAGCCAGAAUUUACAAAGAACCAUUACACUUUGUCAAUUCCUGAAAAUAAAAUCAUGAAAAUACAAAACGCAGUACUUGCGACUGAUCGAGACUUGACCUUUCCAAAUAAUCACGUGACAUAUUAUGUAGAGAGAUACUCAAAUUUGUUUCGGGUUUCCAGUAACGGUACUUUAGAAGUGUUGCAAGAACUUGACUAUGAAUAUCAGCAACAAUAUCAAUUUAAAAUAUUUGCAUUCGAUGGUGGUGUAAUGCCGAAUCGGUAUUCCUCUUCUGCAAUGAUCACUGUCGUGGUUGUCGACGAAAAUGACAACUCUCCGCUUUUUUCCUCUGAUCAUUAUUAUUUUAAAAUUCGAGAAGAUCAUGUCAUAGACUCAGAAAUUGGAAGGAUUCAGGCAAAGGAUGAGGAUUCAGGACAAAAUGGGAAAAUCAGUUAUUUUCUUCGUCAAAAAUUAUUUUCGGAAAAUUGUUCUCAUUAUUUUAAAAUCGAGAAGGAGAGUGGGGUAUUAAUACUUCAAAAACCACUCGAUGCACACGAAUUUUCCGCGUGUGAUUUUUCAGUGCUUGCCAAGGACGGCGGCACAUUAAAACAAUUUGAGACUUUGUGUAAAGUGACCGUCGAAAUCGAAGACAUCAACAACCACAAACCCGAAAUAAUUUCGCCAAUCAAUAAAAUAAUACAACUUGAAAAUAUUACUGAGUCUCAAAUAGUCACAAGGAUUGUUGCUACAGAUGGAGAUAUUGGACUAAACGCACUUUUGAAUUAUGAAAUCAUACAAGGACGAUUCCGUCACUAUUUUACCAUUGACGAAGUUUCAGGAGAAAUUCGUUUGCAGAAAUCCACGUUGCCUCCAGAAAAUUUUCAAAUGACAAUCCGAGUCAGUGAUAACGGAGUAGACAAAGAGCAAGAAACAUUUAUAACUCUGCAAAUCAUAGUGGAUAAUUCUAAAACACAAAAGUCUUCGAUUGAUUCAAUAUUUAUGUGGUCUCUAAUUCCCAUUCUUGGAAUUCUAAUCUUAUUGGGAGUUUUGGUUUGUCGAAGGUGGGCUGUAAGGGUCAGCAAAGCCGAGGAUCCCGACAUUGGGAGACAAUUCUUAAAUGGAAAACAAUCAGUUGCUCGUUGA